AUGCUGUCCGCCGCGAUUCAGAUCCUGGCGUUCGCCCUGGCUCUCCUGGGCGUCCUUGGCGCCACCGUGGCCACGCUGCUGCCCAACUGGAAGGUGAGCAUGAACGUGUGGUCCAGCGUCAUGACCCCGAUCUCGCAGAUGCAGGGCCUGUGGAUGGACUGCGUGUGGUACAGCUCAGGUGUCUUCAGCUGCACCAUGAAGAACUCGGUGCUGUCGCUGCCGGCGUAUCUGCAAACCACGCGGGCCGCUAUGGUGCUGUCCUGCCUGGUGGCGGCGUUUGGACUUUGUCUCGCCUCUCUGGGGCUUAAAUGCACCCGUUGGGGUGGCAGCCACCGAGCAAAGGGGCACACGGCCAUUGCUGCAGGAGGGUGCUUCAUCCUGGCCAGCCUCCUCUGCCUCAUCCCAGCAUCCUGGUUCACCAACGAAGUCAUCACUGUGUUUCUGACCACCGACCUGCCGGAUAGCAGUAAAUAUCAGCCCGGAGGAGCGCUGUGUGUGACGUUUAUCUCUGCUGGGUUCCUUCUUGCUGGAGGGGUCAUUUUCUGCAUGUCCUGUCCUGGGAAAAGAACGAGACGACCAGACUACCCUUACCCCCCCGAUCCUGACAGACUUGUGAUGUACGGAGACGAGCGGCGGAGGCGGGAGCUGCAGACGGCGCACGUGCAGACAAAAACCAGAAAAAACAAGAGUGUCCAGCUUCAGACGGAUGAAGUGAAAGCAGAGCAGAACGAGGAGCAGAGAGUCUACUCGUCCCCCUCCAAACUCCCCCAGAAGGACAUCAAGGACAGCUACAGCCUCCAGGAGUACGUCUAA